AUGGGGAGAGUGCCAGUGCCAAGCGUCCUGAAAAUGCUUAUAGGAUUGGUUUUGCUCAAAGAAGUAGGAUCUAAACAAAUCUCAGAGCCACUAUCAGAGUCGUCACUUUUAAACUCCCCAUUUUCUGACAUCCACACAUCUUUAAAACCCUGGAUAGUUCGAGCCCGGAUUAAAGAUGGCGAUAGCGGGUCGGUUCAGGACGUGUUCAUCAACGAUAAGAAACAAGAAGAAAUCACCAGAAUUCAUAACCCUUAUUACGAUAUUUUCAUCAUUAAAAACUUUAAAUUGAAAACCGCCAUGUUGUUAAUUUUUACUAAGAAGAAAUACCAAGAUAAGUUAUCAGUUCGACAUUGUGAAGAAUGGUCUCUGAAAAAUUCUACAUUUUUACCAACAGAUUACUUUAUGAAGACGAAGAUUGACAAGAAUAACGGUCAUGAUUUAGAAAUUAAACAAACUAAGAUACCCAAACAUUGGUCACAGUUUCUAAAAUACAGAUCUUGUGGUGACAUUCCUCGAGAAUUAUUUGAAGAUAUAACUCGACAGAAACGUCAGUCUCUAGAAACGUACGGUCAGUGGUGUGGCCGAUGGGAAGCUCCCGUAUUUAAACCUUGCUGCUCUGAAUGUCUCGACCCUUCAUCAUGCAUAGCUGCAAAUUGUACACCGUUUUUGGACCAGGUUGACGAAGCUUGCGUGAAGUUCACUUUCUGUAAACUUUGUUGGGCCGAUUUACCAAAUAAGGCUUUACCUCAUUGUGAUUGUGUUCGAGAUCUCACGCGCGAUUUAAAAGAAGCACGUUGUUUCGGAUUACUACCAGGUGAUUGUUACAACUAUCGCAGUCGUUUGUACGGAUUUAUGUCGAACAGUAACUGCUGGGGACGCUUAACUUUAAAAAUUACUGAAACUUAUCAGUGUGGAUUUAAGCAAGACUCGUGCAAUUCCGGUUCAGGUUGCCAAGUGGUUCCACAGCUAUGCUUCCGAAAGAGCAUGAAAAUUUUAAAUAAUUUCAAAUGUGUGAAUCACCACACGUGUGAAGAGACAUUUCGUAGAUUGAGAUCGGGUUCGCAACCACCACCAUCGCAAACUCGCCCAUCAGCAAGACCAACUUCGCCGACUGAUCCUAGACCACGCCCUAACCCGGUUACGCCAGUUGGUCGGGGGUCUGGACCUGAAACAGGACUUGUUGAAUCCCCAGUCCCUAUUCGAGGAGAAAGACCACUUACCUCCAGAACAGGAUAGCAAACUACUUCAGGAAACUUCGUAGUUAUCGUCUGCUGUCAUCAUGAAUUUAGAAGUAUUUUCAGAGGAGAAAUGCCGCUGCCAUUUGUCAAAUGAAACAAAUAAGAGACUGAAAAUCUGUUUCCUUUUUUAUGAUGCAUGGAAAAACCUAGCUUGUCCCGCUACCUGUUAUGAAAACAGACCUUCGUCACGAAAGAUUUGCAAAUACAGUACUCCGAGAAGCUCAGAAGCUCUAACCCAGAUACCAUCUGAGUUUUUUUUUAUUAGAGUUUGUCGGACUAUUCUGUAAACUCCUAUUCAUUUUGAAAAUGAAACAUUAAAAUGUUCGUGAAUAAUGUUAAUAAAAUGUUUAAGUUUUAG